AUGACGUUUACAAGCAAGCCGAUUUUUUCAGUUGAUAUUCACCCUGACGGGACCAAGUUCGCAACUGGAGGACAAGGGCAGGAUUCUGGGAAGGUUGUGAUCUGGAAUAUGUCUCCAGUCCUCCAAGAGGAUGACGAGAAGGAUGAAAAUAUUCCCAAGAUGCUUUGCCAGAUGGACAAUCACUUAGCGUGUGUGAACUGUGUGCGGUGGUCAAACAGUGGGAUGUAUUUAGCUUCUGGGGGAGAUGACAAACUGAUUAUGGUGUGGAAGCGGGCUACGUACAUCGGGCCCAGCACCGUGUUCGGCUCCAGUGGUAAGCUUGCCAAUGUGGAGCAGUGGCGGUGUGUCUCCAUCCUCCGGAGUCACUCAGGCGAUGUGAUGGAUGUAGCGUGGUCGCCCCAUGACGCCUGGUUAGCCUCGUGCAGCGUGGAUAACACUGUCGUCAUCUGGAACGCCGUGAAGUUCCCAGAAAUUCUAGCUACUCUCAGAGGUCAUUCUGGCUUGGUGAAAGGGUUGACUUGGGACCCCGUUGGUAAAUACAUCGCCUCGCAGGCUGAUGACCGCAGCCUGAAGGUGUGGAGGACGCUGGACUGGCAGUUAGAGACCAGCAUCACCAAGCCUUUUGAUGAGUGUGGAGGGACGACCCAUGUGUUACGGCUCAGCUGGUCACCCGACGGGCAUUACCUGGUGUCUGCCCACGCCAUGAACAACUCCGGCCCCACCGCCCAGAUCAUCGAACGGGAGGGCUGGAAGACCAACAUGGACUUCGUCGGGCACCGGAAAGCUGUGACUGUCGUGAAAUUUAACCCAAAAAUCUUCAAAAAGAAGCAGAAGAACGGGAGUUCCGCGAAGCCCAGCUGCCCGUACUGCUGCUGCGCGGUGGGCAGCAAGGACCGCUCACUCUCUGUCUGGCUCACGUGUCUGAAACGGCCUCUGGUGGUCAUCCACGAGCUGUUCGACAAGUCCAUCAUGGACAUCUCCUGGACCCUGAACGGGCUGGGCAUCCUGGUGUGCUCCAUGGACGGCUCCGUGGCAUUUCUCGACUUCUCCCAGGACGAGCUCGGAGACCCCUUGAGUGAGGAGGAGAAGAGCCGCAUCCACCAAUCCACCUAUGGCAAGAGCCUGGCUGUCAUGGCCGAAGCCCAGCUCUCCACGGCCGUCAUCGAGAACCCCGAGAUGCUCAAGUACCAGCGCAGGCAGCAGCAGCAGCAGCAGCUGGACCAGAAGAGCACCACGGCCAGGGAGACGGGGUCCACUGCCUCUGUCGCCGGCGUUGUCAACGGGGAGAGUCUGGAAGACAUCAGGAAGAAUCUGUUGAAGAAACAAGUUGAGACUCGGACAGCAGACGGUCGGAGGAGAAUCACCCCUCUCUGCAUAGCACAGCUGGACACCGGGGACUUCUCCACGGCGUUCUUUAACAGCAUCCCGCUCUCGGGCUCCCUGCCGGGCUCCAUGCUGUCCUCUCACAGCAGCCCCCAGCUCCUGCCACUGGACUCCAGCACCCCCAACUCGUUCGGCACCUCCAAAGCUUGCACAGAGCCUGUGGCAGCCGCCGGGGCCAGGCCCGCAGCAGAUUCUGUCAACAAGGACAGUGUGAACGCUACCUCGACUCCUGCUGCACUGUCACCCUCCGUGUUAACCACCCCGUCCAAGAUCGAACCCAUGAAGGCGUUUGACUCCCGAUUCACAGAGCGGUCCAAAGCUACGCCCGGCGCCCCUGCCUUGACCAGUGUGACUCCAUCAGCCGUGGAAAGGUUAAAAGAGCAGAACCUUGUGAAAGAGCUGAGGCCCCGGGACCUGCUGGAAAGCAGUAGUGACAGUGAUGAGAAGAUCCCUUUGGCCAAGCCUUCCUCACUCUCUAAGCGAAAGCUCGAGCUGGAGGUGGAGACCGUGGAAAAGAAGAAGAAAGGGCGCCCUCGGAAGGACUCCCGUCUCAUGCCCAUGUCUCUGUCUGUCCAGUCUCCAGCCACCCUGACUGCAGAGAAGGAGGCCAUCUGUCUGUCUGCACCAGCACUUGCACUGAGGCUGCCGGUUCCGGGCCCCCAGAGAGCAUUCACCCUCCAGGUGAGUUCCGACCCCUCCAUGUACAUCGAAGUGGAGAAUGAAGUGACAGCCGUGGGGGGCGUGAAGCUGAGCCGGCUGAAGUGCAACCGGGAAGGGAAGGAGUGGGAGACGGUGCUCACCAGCCGGAUCCUCACUGCCGCUGGCAGCUGUGACGUGGUGUGUGUCGCCUGUGAGAAGAGGAUGCUGUCGGUGUUCUCCACCUGUGGUCGCCGCCUCCUCCCUCCCAUCCUCCUGCCGUCCCCCAUCUCCACGUUGCACUGCACAGGCUCCUACGUCAUGGCACUCACCGCUGCGGCCACGCUGUCCGUCUGGGAUGUUCACAGGCAGGUGGUUGUGGUAAAAGAAGAGUCUCUACACUCCAUCUUGGCAGGCAGUGACAUGACGGUGUCGCAGAUCUUGCUGACUCAGCACGGAAUCCCAGUGAUGAACCUGUCCGAUGGGAAGGCGUACUGCUUUAACCCGGCCCUGUCCACGUGGAACCUGGUCUCUGACAAGCAGGACUCACUGGCUCAGUGCGCAGACUUCAGGAGCAGCCUGCCAUCCCAGGACGCCAUGCUGUGCUCAGGACCCUUAGCCAUAAUCCAGGGCCGCACCUCCAACUCGGGAAGGCAGGCUGCCCGGCUCUUCUCGGUGCCUCACGUGGUGCAGCAAGAGACCACCCUGGCCUACCUAGAGAGCCAGGUCGCGGCGGCACUCACCCUGCAGUCCAGCCACGAGUACCGCCACUGGCUGCUCCUCUACGCGCGGUACCUCGUGAACGAAGGGUUUGAAUACCGACUCCGAGAAAUAUGCAAGGACUUGCUGGGCCCGGUCCACUACUCCACUGGGAGCCAGUGGGAGUCGACGGUGGUGGGCCUGCGGAAGAGGGAGCUGCUGAAGGAGCUGCUGCCAGUCAUCGGGCAAAACCUCCGCUUCCAGCGCCUCUUCACCGAGUGUCAGGAACAGCUCGACAUCCUAAGGGACAAGUAGUCUGCCCUGGCCUGCCCUGGCUGCAGCAAGGGCCGGGCCACACUCUCGCCGCUGCGACACCCGGGCCACCUCUCACCUGGCAAGGCUGCAGUGGGAGGAGGAGACGCUGGAGGAGACGUGCUGUCCUGCCCCAGUGCCGGCCCAGCUCCCUGGGCGGAAGUGGCCUGGGCCCUAGACCUGGUGUUCCCUCGGAAGUGGGCAGCUCAUCCCUGUCUCCGGGCCCCCCGUUUGGAGCUGGAGCUGGGGCUCUGCCCUGCGGCCCUGGGGCUGUCUCCAGCACGGCCCCGAGGUGGACACUCGCCCUGCCGCGGCAGGUGCUGUGCCGCUUCACUCUGACGGAUGAGCCAUGCGUGAGCGCGAGAACCAGAACCGCCAGGAGCGCACUCCGCAGCCGGAGCAGAGACUGCGCAGAGGAGAGCUGUCCCAGCACGCGGACUAUUUUUGUACUAGAAUUUGCUAACUUGUAAUAUGGAAUUUUCCUUUUGGCCAAUAAUCAGGAUUUCCCUAUAAGUCACUUGGACAUUGGUCACUUGUAGGAAAUUUAAACUCUAAUUAUGACAGCUACACUGAAAAUAAUUGUACUGAAAUUAACUUGUCUAUCUUCAUUUGGUUUUAAUUUUUCAAUGUUUGUAAAAAGAGACUGUUUUUUGGGGGAUGGGGCAGAGGGGUGGGCGACUCCUUUUGUAAGUGUAAAAUAAAUGAACACGCAUUGGAUAC